CACGCCAGUUAGGACCGAGCGGACAUGGAUGUGACGACUCCUCCUCGGACAACGAACUUCGAAGUCACGCCAUUUCCCCCCAUCCCACUUCCCAAGACCACGUCCAUCACCCGGCUCCCUUACAUAUACAGUACACGGCACGCAGAGACAAUCCCAGCACACUGCCUACCCACCAACAGACGGACAACAGUGCAACAGCUAGCUGCAACAUACUGUGUUCGCAGCGUCGUCUCAAGGCACACUCCAUGCUCCAAACAUAACCUCUUCCACCGCGUCAGCGAUAGUGACCUGCAAGAUGAUAAUCGCCGUAACCUUCCCCGCGGCCAGCUCCCGCGACAGUUACUCGUUUAAAGUGCAGUCUCCCAACUUGGCCUUCCGCGCCCAGCUUCAGCGCACGCUACGAAGGAAGCGUGCACUCAAUGCAUCACUCGACAGUGAGAGCGAGGCCGGGUCGGACAGCACUUGCGGCAACGAAUUGGACAGCAGCGGGGAUGAACCGGCUGCAGUGGUUGCGGAUACGGAUACCGGCAAGGAUAACAGCUCCGCAGAACGCAGCUCGGGUGAAGAUAGCGACAGUGCUACAGUACCUCCCACUACGGAGCCCGGCGAAGCAGACUCUCGGAAAUCACCAACCAGGUCGACUAAGCCCUUUGUGAGAACGAGCGGGCCAAAAAAGAAGAGCCCUGUUCGCUCUCCUUCCGCUACAAAGGGAAAGGCCCAAUUGGCUCUCAGCCCUUCCCUCACGGGGAAGAGUGGUUCGGUGUCGAAAGUCACGAAGAAAAGCCCCACCCGCCAGUUCCGCCCCAACAAGUCUGAUCCCAAGAAAAGGAACCGGACUCAGAAUGGAAAGAGAAGAGAGCCUGCGAAGGCCCCGGGGCUGGGCAUUCCAUCUAAUGACCCUUCUCGUUCGGAUGAGGCACAUCUUGCCAGAGACCCGGCGUGUUGGCGAAACUCGAUAAUACGACGCGUGGAAUUCUCUCUAGCUGAGUCAGAGGUGCGAUGCACGCUGACAGACGACACUACAUACAAGUGGCCGCUCGAUAGGCAUUGUCAAGGGCGUAUCGAGAAAGCGAUUCCCACCACUUCUGCUCCCGCCGAGCAACGAUGUGACUGCUCGCCAAGCCCAGUAGGCCAUGCCGCAGGCCGCAAGUGGCAGUGGAAACAAGCUGUCUUCCCAGAGAGCGACGAUGGGCAGCAAAUGGCCAUGUGCUGUGAAGCCGCCGCAAAACAAGCUGACGCGAGGACAGCGCGUACCAACACUGAGCUCGUAGAUUGCUUCCAGAGAUUUGUCAGCCCAAAAUUGAACAAUUUACUCCCUGGAACCCUUCGCGAAUUCGUUGUACAUAGUCAGAUCAAUCGCGCCAAACGCCGUCUCGAAGCUUUGAAGGCGCCGCAUAUCCCUUGUGAAGCGGGUUUCACAGAAAAGCUGCUUCGCUUGCAGAACGCGUUAGCUGACAUCCUCCUAUCGCACGCCCUCGACAUCGUCAAAGGCUCUGUCUGGUGGGUGCCGCUAGAGUACAAAAGGGCGCACCACCCGCACGGCAAAUUGGAGGGUCCCGACGCGAACGAACCCAGGCCUGAUGUCGAGCUGGACACCAUACUGUUCGAUCUGCAAAGCCUGGCAGAUAGAGUCCCUUCAGGCUUUGCUCAGGCGUGGCCAAAGGACCCCCCUAUAAGGCUGCUCAGGAUUCUGCAUCGUAUGGCAUGUCGAGCGAAAUGGGAUGUGAAGGUGCAGAUUCAGAAACUGAAGACAAAGCAAGCAGAGCUCGGUCAGUCGAUCGAUACGGACGAGUCCGACCACUCCGAAUCAGCAUGGGACGCAAAACGUCGCAACCAGCCAGUCACUGACGUCACGGUGGCAGAAAGCCAACUGGCAACCUUGAAUAUGAUGCAGGACUGCUUUUUCCAACGCCUCCAAUCCCGAGAAGGGGAGACGGAGGAGGUCCGAGAGCUACAGGGGGAGUCCGCACCACCUGCUCAACGCCUCGACGAACGGGAGACCCGUCACCUUCGCAUGUUAAUGCGCGACGCCGGUGUGCGCCGGGAGUCUGGCAAAUCCGUCGUACGCGUCAAUCACAUGGAACUGCACAAAAUCGUUCUUCGCCUGCGAAAAGGGCCCAUCCCGUUCCUUCAGUGUAGCGUCAAGACGGAUACGCCUGAAGACAAGGACUUUUGGGAACAGUUGGUGGAGCUGUAUGGCCUUGUGGCUUUGCAUAUAUUUACUAUUGAGCGGUCGGCGGAGUGGAUGCAGGGGCUUGCAAAAGAAAUUGCGUCACUGGAAAAACGCCUCGUCGUGAUCAACGAAGAGAACGCCAAGGCUCGUGAGCGCGAGGCCCAGCUCAUCGUAGAGAAACGAAAACGCGUUUUGGCGGCUUCCUCGUCUAGUAACGCAUUCUCGCCCCACCUCCCGCCCGCCAUUCAUCAGAUUGCCGUGCCCGCGGAACCAGCACCACUGUUGUUGCCACCGGUCAUGCUGGAAGUCAGCGAAACUCCCCCAAGCGAAGGUCUUCUACCUGUCCAGAGGGUUCCGCUUGCGAAAGAUACCGCGGAAGGGCUUAGCGAAACUGCCUCAUCUGCCACAAGCGCUAUCGAGGUGAUGGCGACCCUCGAAGCCUUGUCCAAAGCGGAGAUUCCCAUUACCACAAGUCUGCCUGCAGGGUGUGAAACUAUGAAGACGGUCCCGCCAUCAACUCUGAUGAACGGUGAAGGCGGAGCAGAAUGUAUCUGUAUCUCCGACACACUGGAUGCUACCCGCGCUGAUAGCAUGCCGUCAACGCCACGUGUGGAAAACCCGAAUAUCCCGAUCCCGACGGAAACAACAGGUAUCGCUCCACAAGGGCAGCUCGGGAAGAUACCCAACGUGCUUACUGAUGAAACGGAUGCUGAUAAGCAAUCAGCGAGCGCGUUCGACAACGAUCAAUGGUGGCAUGAUCUGAUCAGCCGCGGCCGGGCUAUCCGCCUAGCGAAUGAGGAGAGCGGAAGAUGGAAAACAGAGGAAGUAGGGAGCAUCGGCAGUGAAAUAUCAACGGGAGUGUUGGCAGAAGGUGGAAUCAGGGAUAUGGAGACCGACGCGUGCACGUUGCCGUCCUUGGGAAGCGGUCAGGGCCCAGCCUAUGAUGAAGUGUCUCAUCCCAUGGAUGUGACCACCGACGUUACCUCCGAGCCCUUAUUGGGAGGCGAGAAACGGGCCGUUGAAGCAACGUCCGAGCCGAUGACUCCAUGCCACAGUAUGGAGGCACCAGGCGAGUCAAUCGCGAAGUCCGCAGAGGGACAUGAUACUCUUAGCCCGGAGGCCGAAUUAGUGAAUGGAGGAAGUAUUAGCCGACAGACUCCGAGAGCUGUGGGAGUGUUGGAUACUCGCGGCCCGCAAAGCUCGUCUAAAAAGGCGCUGUAUGAGCGAUCUUCUAUCCGCCGUCGUUCGCUUGGGGCGCGAACCCACCCUGGGCUGGAGAAACCGCGUUUUUCCGAUUCCUACCGUGGCAACACUGCCGGCACCGAAGCAGAUGAUGAGAUGGAUUUUGAUGAUUCCGGUAGUCCUCACAGCGUUCGCCAAGGCGGUGAGUCAGAGCCGGCGGGAAACGCGUCCCCAGCAUCGGUAUCUCUGCAGCCUCUGGCGCUGGCGACCAAACACGUACGGCUCGAUGAGGGGGAAAGCGGGGGCGAGCCGGCGCCUAAGAAGAGGCGCUACGAGAACGCUGCAGGCGCCCGUUUUCCGUCCGGUGACAGAAGCGGCACACCCCCCACCGCCUCGACUCGCAGCAGCGUGGUGGGCGGAAAGUUGAAGGCGUCACCGCCUCGCCGCUAUACGAGACAUUCUACGACUAUUGGGAGCUCACACGGGUCUAAAUCUGCGUCUUCGCCGCCUCGCUCUGCUCGCCAUCACCUUAUUAUCGGCGGGUCGGCUGGUAUCGGCGGAGGAAUCGCCAGGGACGGUGGCAUCGCCGCUGGGAGUGGUGAUACCGUCCACGGCAUGAUCGUUCAGGACGACGCCGAAGAGCCGGGGCAUCACCCCGAUGCCGAGCAUUACAGAAUGCAUCAAUUGCAACAACAGCAGUUGCAACCACCUGGGCCCCGAGUGACGGAUUACUAUCCCAUUGUGAAGAUCAUUAAUUAAGACGAGGCGCGGAUUGGGUCUAGCGGUUGCGAGGACAGGACAAGAAGCGGAUAUGGACGAUACUGUGAAUUAGGGAGGGUGAAUGAAUGCGAAAGGAAUAAGGAGGGACUGUUUUUUUGGAUCCCCUCAACCCACGCCCGACAGACACCUCACGCGGGAGUGAAGGUCUGCGGUGUUAAGCGUGCGGUAGAGCUGGGUUUGCGUUUAUGUUUGAAGACCCGGUGAUGGAGAGAGUGUGGGAUACCUGUGGGAAUACCCAUCAUCAAACGUGGAUAAUAUCGUAAAUAAUAUUGUCUCCAUCCAUGGCCGAUGUCCCAAAUGACUCAAUGAGAAAUGACUGGUCAGCUCUGAAGCCAAGGAAUAGUUGCGCAAGGCAAGCAUACGAGCGGUAGCGGUCGCCUCGCCAACAGUAGGCGAUCUGGUUUCGAGCCACUGAUGGUGACAACUGCUUUGCGCAUCACUGACAGGCCAUUAUCGUAAACUGUGCUUUCCUCA